AUGACUAGCAUUGCUGGUACAUUUUCUUCUAGUUCGAUAUUGAAGAAUUCAGAAUCCGGAAGAAAUGGCUCAUCGUUUUGUCAGUACAGUGGGCUUAGAACAGUCGACAGUUUCAAGCUGGAUUCAAGCAAACCAAAAGGGUUCAUUUCUAGAUCAGCAUCAAAAUGCAGAGGAAUUAGGGCAAUGGCUUCUCCCACUGUUUCAGCUCCCAAGCGAGAAACAGAUCCAAAGAAAAGAAUUGUCAUAACAGGAAUGGGCCUUGUUUCAGUAUUUGGAAGUGACGAUGAUACCUUCUAUAGUAAACUUCUCGAAGGAGAGAGCGGAAUCAGUUUAAUAGACAGGUUUGACGCCUCAAAUUACUCUGUUCGUUUUGCGGGUCAGAUCAGGGAUUUCUCUUCCAAAGGCUACAUUGAUGGGAAGAAUGAUCGCCGACUGGAUGACUGCUGGAGGUAUUGUUUAGUCGCUGGAAGGAGGGCUCUUGAUGAUGCAAGCCUUGGCCAAGAAGUCCUUGAAACUAUGGACAGAUCAAGAAUUGGAGUUUUGGUUGGGUCUGGCAUGGGUGGCUUAACAGCUUUCAGUAAUGGUGUUGAAGCUUUAAUUCAAAAGGGAUAUAAGAAAAUCACUCCAUUUUUCAUUCCCUACUCCAUUACCAACAUGGGUUCAGCAUUAUUGGCUAUAGAUACUGGCUUGAUGGGUCCAAAUUACUCUAUUUCAACAGCCUGUGCAACCGCCAAUUAUUGCUUUUAUGCAGCCGCAAAUCAUAUACGAAGGGGUGAAGCAGAUAUCAUGGUUGCUGGCGGGACAGAAGCAGCAGUAAUGGCAACUGGUGUUGGUGGUUUUAUUGCAUGUCGUGCCUUAUCUCAAAGAAAUGAUGAACCUGAAAAGGCUUCAAGGCCAUGGGAUAAAGAUCGUGAUGGAUUUGUCAUCGGUGAAGGCUCUGGUGUGCUGAUUAUGGAAAGUCUGGAAAAUGCUGAAAAAAGAGGGGCCAAUAUCAUUGCUGAGUACCUCGGGGGUGCAAUUACUUGCGAUGCUCAUCAUAUGACUGAUCCACGUUCAGAUGGACUUGGAGUUUCAUCUUGCAUAACCAAGAGCUUGGAAGAUGCUGGAGUCUCUCCAGAAGAGGUGAAUUAUGUGAAUGCUCAUGCAACAUCGACCCUGGCUGGAGAUUUGGCAGAGGUUAAUGCCAUCAAGAAGGUCUUCAAGGAUACUUCUGAGAUGAAGAUGAAUGGAACCAAGUCAAUGAUUGGGCACGGCCUUGGAGCAGCUGGCGGUCUUGAGGCCAUAGCAACCAUUAAAGCAAUCACCACUGGCUGGCUACAUCCUACGAUUAACCAAUAUAACUUGGAGCCUGAGGUUACCAUUGACACUGUCCCAAAUGUGAAGAAACGGCACGAAGUCAAUGUUGCUAUCUCUAACUCAUUUGGCUUUGGCGGGCACAACUCGGUGGUCGUUUUUGCACCCUUCAAGCCCUGAUUAAGUUCGAGGAAAACUACGACCUGUUCCUGUUAACAUUUUUUUUUUCUGCUGGGAGUCUUUUUGAUUCAAGACUGCAACUGUCCGGACAAACGUUGAGAUCUCCAACUCAUCGGCCUUACGUCUGCUCCAAUCAGUUUUGAUUACACCAUUGUGCCUUUCAAUUUGCUAUUGUAGGAUCAUGUGGUCAAUAAGUUCAAAUUAGUUGUCGAUUGAGGAACAAAUAAAAGUUUUGAAGCCGAGUUAUACAGAUCAACCGUUAACCAGGAGCAUGAAACAUAAACCGCCUGAGACUUUUGAGAGAUAAGUUCCGUUAGUUAGAGGAGCUUAAUUUUUAAUGUUGGCCCAGAAUGAUGGAAUGGAUUGAACUUCACAAUACUUCUUCGCUA